GAGGGAGGAGGGAGUGUCUGUUGGGUGUAGCAGCAGCAGCAGCAGCCGUCUGACGUCUUGUUGGUGUGAAUGACUUACCCCGAAAAAACACUGACAACAGCUCAGCAGGCGAGACGGUCGAGGGAAACUCAGGAUCACUUCUCGUGUGUAACUUUCCCCUACCUUUCUUCCUACUUUUCUCCGCUUUUAUGACGGCGUGAAGACAAAAGGUAAAAAAAAAAAAAAAACUUUCUACGAUUCAGCUUAUAGAGUAUAAAUACUUUGACUGUUUUAAAAGUUCGUAUAGAUGAUGUUAGGAGCAGGUGCACCAUCUUUACGAGGAUUUUUCAUGUUAAUAAAAUGAAAAGGCCUAAUGUUAUAUCCUCAUCGGGAGUAUUCGUAAACCUUAGUGAAGAGUUAUAGCUACAAAAGAUUAAAAGACUAAUUGAACUCGAAGUAAAGUUACGUUCAUUUAACUCCCUUUUCAUUGUUGAGCUGCAGUAGUCACACCGCCGGUUCAACGACUCAGAGGUCAUUGUUGAAGCCUGAAUAAGUCACUUAUUAACACCCUGUAAUGAGACGUGUACUGGAAAAGCGUUAAUUUGAUAGUUGAGCGUGUGAUUCAAGUCGUAACAUCGCGAUAGUUUACAUAACAUGUCCUAAACUCGCUUCCCACAGCAUCACUCAAAGAAGUAAAUGUUUAAUAUUGAGCUAAUCAAACUGAAUUGUGCCCAGUGAAAGUCAACAUUAGCCUUGGAUGGCUAACAGGCACUGAAAGGUAAACAAAGAUAAAGAAACAAAAAUCUCACUCAUGUCCUGCUCUAAAUGCAUGCGGCCUAAAAAAAGCAGCAUAAACAUCCACUAGCUCAAGCUUUAUCUACCAGACAGUGUUUGUUUCUCAGGAAUGCAUCGUUAGGAAAAGUUGGACACAUUAUUGAACCUCAGAGGGUGGUGCACACAGUUGAAGGAGUCCACUCUGAUUCCAUUACUCAAUAUCAAGCAAACCCAGAGGUCCUGUUAUGUUGGAGCAAUGUAGUCCUCAGAUUGUUACAAAACAGAUCACAUGCAUGAAUACCAGAGUGCACACAUUGACUUGAUCCAUUUAUUUAUUGCAGCUGUACAUUUGUAAUGUUGGAGUGACACAGUGAACAUUUUGCUGACACAGUGAACUGCACAAUGUUAAAGUGUGUGGGGUGUGGAGUUACCGGUUUCUGUUAUAGUCUUACUGGUCAAACCAGAUGACAUGCAGCAUUUGAUACCUGUGGUAUCUGGUGUAACAAAUUUGGAAACGUUACUGUUAUCUUUUCUUGCAGGUAGUUCAAAUGUGGCCUUUGUUUUUUUGAGGGUUGUUUCUCUUGAUCAAAACGAUCAUGUGAUUGUAUGUAAAUAGAAGCUUUGCCUCUCAGUAGUGUGAGUCUCAAUUGAAGACCUGUUUUUAUUGUGUCUUUACUGCUCACCAUAUUGUUGAUGUGGAGAUGACUCAUCAGGCCUACCUCAGUCUCUUAACAUGUCUCCUACCUCCCAGCUUUGAUUCCUAUUUUUAGCCCUUUUUCACAUAAAGUUUGGUUACGAAUGACAAAACAGUCAGACAGCUCAGGUUUCCACUGUUGAAGUCUUUUGCUGUGUGCUGAGCUUCUGUAACUUAGCCUUUUGUAAUUUCCCUUUUUCAUGUAUUGUGCACUGCCAACUUGCUUUGAAGUGAUUCGGGUGGUAUGUCCUUAUCACAUGACUGCAGGUAUUCACUUGCUCUGUUCUGUGUUGAAAUAAUGAUGAGCGGAUAAUCAGUUAGAUAUGACAAAGAGUCCAGUAUUGAUGUGUAAAUCUAUGAAAUAGACUGGAGGUAUUCAAUUUUGCCCAGAGUUCACUGUUGAGGCAUGAAUACUUUCACAAUCAUAGCAAAUUAGACAAUACAGAGACUAAUACAUAUACAUUUGAGCUUCAUUUAGAUCAGCUUUUAGUGACCGGAGAAUAAAGACAAACUCUUUUAAGAUAGACUACAGCCAGAUGAGAAAAACUGGAUUGUAAAAGGGUUUAUAUCUGUGGGAAUUUAUGUAUAAAUUUUAAUCUGAACUUGAAGGAGGCAGAAACAGAAAGAAAAAAAAAAACAUCGAACACAAGAAAUGAUUUCUGGUGUGGGAAGUUUCUGGCGUUUGUUCAGUGUGAUUGAUUAGUUGUCUUUGCCUUCACAGAAGCAACAGGCUUCAGAAAAACCAAACCAACCAGAUUUGUCCACUCUUCUUUAUAGCAACAAAAACCAAUCGCCUGUGCUCGGACUGCGAGUGCUAAUGUUUUUUCUCAAUGUAAAUAGGUAGUUUGCAAUAUGUAAAAAUCUGCUCUCCUCUUCUCUUAUUUCCUCUUUCAGCAGCUCAGUAAUGGAGAGCUCCAUUGAGGCUGCCCAGCCUAGUGGCAUCUCAAGCCCAAAGCCAGUUUUGGCCCCCAAACCUCGACUCGCUCCAAAGCCCUUCUCCCUGCAGAAGAACGCCAGUAUUCGCUCCAUUAACGCCCCAACUGCAACCCCAAAGACAACAACACAGAAGACUUCGCCGACCCCUCCUAAACAAACCAUCACCCCUGAUCCUAAACCCAGCUCUGUAAGUGUGCUAAACACCAAAAAUCAGCCAAAACCAACAGCAGAGCUCAAAGCAAGUCCACAUAGAAACGACAACGCUGAUUCUGCUGUAGGGAAAUCAGAUCCUGCCCCACAAAUCGCUCCACCCAAAGAGACUCUUAAGUCUGAGCCAGUCCCAAAGGACGAUGUCAUCCAAACAAACCACAAGGCAGCCUUGGAUACUGCUCAUGAUUCAGAACAGAGUAGCAGCAAAAAUAAAAAGGACGAAUCUCAGACCUCCGUCAUCAAAAAAGCUGAAGAAUCAGGCAGCAACGUUUCCGCUGAAGUUGAGCAAAAAUAUCGGUCAGGGAGCAUCAGGAAGCGGCUGCCGGCGGAGCUCACCUCAAAGUUUGAAUCAGGUGGCCCAAUCUUGCCCCCCCAGCCAAGAGUAUCAAUCUCUACAACCAAAAAUGACGUAAAAAAGCUGGAACCAUCAGAUCCAGAGAGGAACCAGACAACACCAGAGCCCACAAACAAAGAGGGUGAAGAAGGUGGACUGAAGGAGGAAUACAGCGGAGGAGGCAGUAUAAAACGCAGAAUCAGUCAACUGUUUGACUCUUCAUCGAGGCCAGAGUUCACACCAAAGAAAGAAGAGCCAGAAGUAAUAAAUGGUACAGGGGGAGUGAAGGAAAGAAUCAAAAACUGGGUCACUGAGACAAGCUCUGAGAUUGAAAAGAAACCUCAGGUUGUUUCUCGAACUCGCUCCAAAAGGUGAGCUGUCCUUAUUUCUACUCUGAUGUUUGUGUUUGGUGACAUGUUGAGACAUGAAUGAAAGAAAAACACAUUCUCUUGCAAGAGCAAUCAAGAAAGAUGUUGAAAUUUAAUGGCAUGUGCAAGUUUUAUCGUUUGGAAAGCGGCCAUUGUCAUCCUGGAUUUAUCGUUUGUUAUCUGAUGAACGCAACUGAUGAUUCACAGUGUUUUCUUUGUUUGAAAUGGGUGCUUCACUGGAGCAGAUGGAAAUCUUAUUUCAGUGAGGAGAGGGACUUUUUUAACCAGUAUCUUUAAGAGCUGAGAGCUUUCCUGCUUCUGAGAAAAAUGAUGAGAAGAAGAGAUAAAGUGAAGAGAAGAGAGCAGCUCUAAAGCGGUUGGGACGGGACAAAUUCAGUGUUUCGAGCACUGUCUUUAUUUCAUUUAUGUCUCCAUAGUUGUAGCAUCAGAGAACAUUGAACCUCUUAUAAAUGUGAAUACCAUGUCGCUUGCAGAUUGCCUCAUUGUGGCUGGAUUCAUCAUCCCAAAUAAGUUUAAGUAGAGUGCAAACACGGCUACAAUUUGUCGCUCUGACCCCGUCCAACGUCUUUUAAAAACGUACAAUUAACACCUGGAGUCAACAGUCACUUCUGGUUUCCUGGCAACCACCUCAAUGGGAUAACAAGACUCUAGGGUUAUAGAUGUCUGAAUAUAGUCUAGGCGACUGGUCUAAAAUCAGACUACCACAUUUCUAAAAAUGAAAGUUUUUCAGACGUCUAAAUUUAGACCAAGUUUAGACUAGCCGGCUAACAGAGGUUUACACUGUAUAUUGCUUAACAGCUAUCAUAAUUAUUUUGGUUAAAUACUUGGAGAUCAGUUAUGAAACUCACAGUUGCUUUUUGAAUUGAAUAGUUAUCGAAUAAUGUGUUAAAGUGCAACGUCUAACUUCUGUCUAAAAAUAUACAGAAUCUAGACGGUUGAAAUUAGGUUAAAAAAAACAUAGAUGUCUAAUAGAUGUCUAUUGCUCAGUGGGCAACUACAACAUUUUUUUUUUCACCUGUAACAAAAAAGACCGACUGUGCUUCAUAGAAGGCAGACUGCUAUUAUUUCAGACUUGGACACGCCAGAUAAUUUCCUGCAUAAAUCUGUUUAUUAACUUCCUGUAGCUCAAAAUUUAUUUCAAUUAUGAGAGUUUUAUAUUUAUCCCCUUCAUUAAUAGAAAUUAAGUUCAUUAAGUAAAUAAUUUCUAAAGAAUAAUACUUAAACUUCUCAAUUUAAACUAUUUUUUCUCAUCUACAGCUUUGAGCCGACAUCUCCUUCAGCAGUACAAGCACCCAAAUUGCCAGCUGUUGAACCUCCUGCACUUGUAACAUCAUCCAGUGAAACAGUAGAUGUUGCUUCGAAGAUCUCACAGUUCCAACAGCCCAAAGAGGCUCCAGCAGAAACAUCCAAGGAUGUUGUCUCUGAAAUUAAGUCAUCGGAAAACUCAGAAACACAGAACGAAUCCAACGUAGGCAAAGUUGUACUACGAAACCGCAGCCGGUCUUUAGGCCAGGCUGAUGAGGGAGGCUCAGCUGCUGGUGAAAGUCCUCUGAAGAGGGACAAAGUCAAGCGCCGCUCUGUUCACUUUGGUGUGGUGGAGAGAGAUGAUGGAGGUCCUCCAGUACCCUUGGGCUCAGGCUCUGAGUCCAGCGAAGAGGAGGAGGAGGAGGAGGAACCUAAGGAGGAAGUCUCUGAAUCAAUACCUGUCUACAAACGAGUGGGAUCACUUCAGAAGGACAGUGAGGCAGAAAGAGAACAAGAGGAACGACUGAAACAUCUGGAAUUUGAAAGAAGACGAAGAGCAGAGGAGCAUGAGCAGGCACGGCUUCAGAUCGAAGAGGAGCGAAAACGAAAAGAAGAAGAAGAAGAAAGGGAGAAUGAAAAGGCAAAGCAGAGGGAAGAGGGGGAAAAGGAGAGAGCGAGGCUAAAGGAAGAGGAAGAGAGGGAAAGACGGAGACUAAAGGAAGAGGAAGAAAGGGCAAGACAGAGACUAAGGGAGGAGGAAAGGGAAAGACAAAGGCUAAACGAAGAGGAGGAAGAAAGGAAAAGACAGAGACUAAGGGAGGAAGAAAGGGAAAGACAAAGGCUAAAGGAAGAGGAGGAAGAAAGGGGAAGACAGAGACUAAGGGAGGAAGAAAGAGAAAGACAGAGACUAAAGGAAGAGGAGGAAAGGGAAAGACAGAGGCUGAAAGAGGAACAAAUGGAAAGACAAAGGCUGAGGGAGCAGGAAGAAAGGGAAAGGCUGAAACUAAGGGAGGAAGAAAUCGAAAGACAGAGGCUGAAAGAGGAACAAUUGGAAAGACAAAGGCGAAGGGAACAGGAAGAAAGGGAAAUACUGAGGUUAAGGGAGGAAGAACUGGAAAGACAGAGGCUGAGGGAACAGGAAGAAUGUGAAAGACUGAGAGAGGAAGAGAGGGAGAGAGAAAGACAAGUGGAAUUGAUGCUGAUGAGACAGAGAGAAGAGGAAAAAGAAAGGGCAAGGCGAGAAGAGGAGCUUCUGAAAAAGGAACAAGAGGAAAGGGAAAGAGAGAGAGUUCAGCAGGAACAGACACUCAGAGAAGACAGAGAAAGACAGAGGCGAAGAGAAGAAGAAGAAAUGGAGAGGGAGAAAGAGAGAGAGAUGGAGUUGAUGUUGCAGAGACGGAGGGAGGAAGAAAUGGAGAAAGAGAGAGAGAUGGAGUUGAUGUUGCAGAGACGGAGGGAAGAGGAAAAGGAGAAAGAGAGAGAGAUGGAGUUGAUGUUGCAGAGACGGAGGAAGGAAGAAAUGGAGAGGGAGAAAGAGAGAGAGAUGGAGUUGAUGUUGCAGAGACGGAGGGAAGAGGAAAGGGAGAGGGCAAAACAGGAAGAGGAGAGGCUCAGAAGAGAGCUGGAAGAAAGAGAAAAAGUCAGACUAAGGGAGGAGGAGAGAAUGAGGGAGGAAAGUGAAAGACAGAGACUGAGACAGAAAGAAAGUCUGAUAGAUAAAGUCAAGGAACACACAACAGAGGAAAUGAACUUAGAGAAGCAAAGAGAAGAGGAGUGGGAAAACCGGUUGGUGAGAAAGACAGAGAGUUUGGGAAAAGGGGAUGAGGAUGUAAGAGAGUUGAUGUGGCAGAGACAGAAUGAAGAGAGACUCAGGCAGGAGGAGAGGGAACGAGAGAGGCAGAAAAUGCUCAAAGAGCAGGAAGAAAAAGAAGCUCUGAAGGAGCGGGUGAGAGAAUUAGAAUUGGCACUACAGAGAGAGAGAGAGAGGGGUGAAGAGGAAGGAAGGAGACAGUUAGAGAAAGAGAGACUAGAGGAGCGGGAGAGGAGGAUGGAAGAGGAGCUGGAAAGAAAACAAGCACAAGAACUCGAAGAAAAACAAAGACUAGAAGAAGAGAGAGAAAAAGAGAGGCUGCACUUGGAAAGGUCAAGUUUGAUUAGCUUUGACCCGGACGAUGUGCCUCACAAGUCCGAAUCAUCUCUUCCUCCAUCAGCGAAAGACUCAGAGAGUCAAAUCGAAGUUGUUUACGAUGAUUUCUCCAUCAAAGAACCUAUGGCUGAUGUGGAUUUUGACGACUUUUCUGUCAAACCAAAGAGAUGGGGCUCACAGGCUAAGGCAGAAACCAGCCCGAUCAUCCGAAGACGAUGGGAAGACGAUCCUGCAGAGAAUCAAGGAGUGAAAGAGCUGGUGCCACUGGAGCUCAGUCAACAGGAAAAUAAAUACCCAGAAAGGUCAGACAGCCCAGAGUCCAUGCUCACCCAGAAGAGUCCAGAAGACGAGGUGCAGCUCAUCUCCAUAAAGUACUUGGAAGAGGAGAGGGUGAUGGAGAGGGAGAGGGAGAAGGAGCUAGAAGUCGUGGAGACAAAGAGAGAUGAAGAAGACAUGCAGGAGGUAAAUGCUCCUUUUGUUUCAUUCUGACUUGAUUGAUUUUCAUGUUGUUGCACCGAGAGGGUGAGGUUAAGAACAGAAACAGGAGUGUACAUGUAAAUGUCUUUUCUUUCCACCAAUGAAUCACAUCAGCCUGGCAGCUACACACACCUCACCUGCACUAACUCAUCACCAUUCCUGUAACACAAGCGAAACAUCUUGUUAUACUUGCUUCAGCCUGAUUUGGUCAUAGGUGAAGAACUUGUGUUCUUAUGUGUGUGUAUGUGUGUGUAUGAGAAAGGUGUGACACUGAGUAAUGAAACAAGCACGGUUUAAAAUCAUGACGUGUCAGUAGUAUCAUCUUCUUUUUUUCACAGCUAGAGCUUACCUUUUGUAUCUUAAAAUAUCAGUAUUGAAGAAAGCGUGGUUCUUGUUUCAUGUACUGGAAUGAUAACCUCUGGUUAAUAAGUUUUCCAGCACUGGUGACCAGUUUCCAUGUCAUUCUUGGGUCUCUGAAUCUUUACGGCGAUGUAUUACACAAAGCAUAUGAACUUUAAUUUCUGUUUGUGUAUGAAUGUGUACAGACGUGUGGUUAUAAAAAUAUGACGUCUAACAGGAAGUGAGCAUUUACUAUCUUGGCGUCCGCCCUACAUUGUCCUUUCAGCUACUUUCAUUUUAGCCUUUUCAUGUCAGGAGAGACGCGUCUUAUAUCCAGAGAAGUAAAGUCAACAUGGCAUGGAUAUAUGAUCAAGUGAUGAGUUAUUUCUCAUGGGAGUCUUGGACUGGUUAUCUGCAGCAGAUUUGGGUGAGGCUUUUUUGGAUUUAAAGGUUACCGAGCAUUGCUUGUGGUUUUGAUCACCUCUAUUUUAGAGCCGUACAGCAGUUUCAGGGUUGUUUCCACCUUGUAUGUCUUGCCUCUUUUUUGCUGUUGUAACUCCUGGUUUGAUCUUGCAGUGUUUUAGAAACGAGAACUUCCACUCUGGCAUCAAUCUGGGGACAGCAACUGACUAGCUUAGCUUAGCAUAACUAAGAAAACCAGAGAAACAGCUAGUCCUGCUUUGGAAACGUCUUGUACUCAUAAGUUGUGUUGUUUUAUACACUGCUUGAUGAGUUUGUAUUGUUCUGCUGUGCUGUGUUUGCCCUUACAGUGCAUCAGUUUACCUAAGGCAGAUCUCCCAUCAGCGACAUGAAAAGUAUAUCUCAUCAAAUCCAACAUCUCUACUUUGACAUAGCCCUGCUAGCUAUUUUCUGCCUGCUUUCCUUCUUUAAGCUGGGCUGUCUGUUUACUGCAGUGGCUUUAGAGUGUGAAAAACUUUCCCUUUCCCUGUAGAAAUGGGAAUCUUAAGCAAUACCUUGGUGUCAGUUUCUAGAUUGCUCCUCUGAUCACCUCUCUCACUGGUUAAGCUCCACAAGAGGAGUAGAAGCUGCUGUGUUGCAUGACAAAGGUUAUCCUCCACAUGUCCACAUUUUCCAUCAACACCAAUUCUUUUUGCACAUCACAACUCUCUUCUCCCUCACUUUCAUCUUCUAAUCAGUGCUGCCACUAUUUUUUACCAUCCUGUGCGUCUGUAGAAAUAUGGUGGUGCAAAAUUGCGGCCUCCAUGGAAGGAGACCUGCACCCUAAGUGGAAAAAAGGCCCACUUGAAGUUAUAAGAAGGUAGAACAGUUUUUAUAUUCAAUUGAUUAUACAUUAGCUUAUGAGUACACUAUUGAAUGUCUACCAAAUCUGUUCUGGUAAAUGGCACCUUCUACUACACACCGUAUCUUUAGAUAGCUGGAUGAAGUAGAUAAGAUAAAAAGAAAGCUCCCUGACUUCUACCUACACUGACAAGUAGCUGCAUCAUUAACCUUCAGGAGUUCAAUCCAGAUUUCUUAACAAAAUAUAAAAAUAGUAUUUUGAAUAUGCUGCUUAAACCAUUAUUUUUUCUUAUAUUAGUCAUUUUCUUUGUAUCUUAAGUUUAUUUAUCUAAUCUUUAUUUAUCAAGGUAGAUCUAAUUGAAAUUUAACACCCUUUUUUUCAUCUGAGCAACAAAAAGCCCACAAUUGCAGACACAUAAGGAAAAAAAGUUAUAUUCAAGAGCACCAAAGUUUGCUAAAGUUAAAUGUUUUUUGUUUUACUGUCACAGAUACUAAUUUACAGGUUGAACCUUAUUGUCCUUUCAUUUUCUCUUCGUAGACAUAGAGGGUCUAAAGGUCACUAUGAAGCCCAAGGACGCUUAAGAGUGAAGGUCCAAGACACUAUUUAUCUUUCACAGAAGACAUUUAUGACAGUUUCAUUAUUUUUGCUGUGGUCAUCAUAAAAUAAGUAAAGUCAUGUGAUUGCUUGUAACACAAAGUUUAUUUUCUGCUCAGUGAACGUCGUUUUAAAGCCCCAUUGAAGUUGUUGCACAGCUGCAGUCAACAAACCAUGUCUCAGCUGACUCGUUCAGACUCACAAAUAAUCAUCAUCGCUGUGCUUCUCUGAUCAGCUUAGGCUGUAAAAAUUACCUUUUUCCUGUUGGAAAGAUUGAGUCAAACUGAAGGUAGAAUUAAUAGAAAACCUUAGAAACAAGGAACGAGCAGGAAGUCAGCAACACCAGACAGCUAUGAGCACAGGCUUCGCUGUGAAACAGAGAAAAUUAUCGAGCACUGAUCACACUGUGUGUCCCAAAGAGAGAAGGCCUGAAACCUAAAUAGUUCAAGGUAAACAGAGCUGCUGAUAUCACCUAUUAGACUUGACUUUAGAGUAAAUGAACAGCUGACAUGGCUGCACCAGUCAGGACAGAUCAGUUCACCACCUGUUUCAACAUGCAACAUUUUUGCCCAGUUAAUGAAAACACCAAACACUGGAUCUCUCAACAAUCUGAGCGUGUGCGCAUCUUUACCAUGUUGUUUCUCUGUUUGCUAUGUUAGCAAACAAAUCAAAACAGUAAAGGGGAACUUCGGAAAAAAAAAACCUUUUAGCUGCUUUAAGGUGUUUCCUGCAGUAUUGGGGAUUUAGUAAUCGUAUUUUUGUAAGUACAACCUUGUUUUCACCACAGGGUGGUGCUGCUGCUCUUAAAAAUGCACUUCCUUGUUUUGUACCUCAGAAAAAAAACACCUCGAUCUCUGUUAGAGCCCCUUACUUUGCCAUUUUAGGACACUUACAACAUUAAUCAGUAUAGUUUGAAACGUUAAAUACAACUGUUUCUGUGCCAUGCAGUAAAUGUGCCGUUGUGGGAGAGAAACAACUUUUUUUCUUGUGUCACUGCAGAAUGAGGAAAGUAUUUACUGGGCAAACAGGGCCUGUGCAGCCAACCAUGCACACUCAUUCACUUCAGACUACCAGACUCACUAACAGAUGGAUAGACAGGCAGGGAGACAGAUAGACAGGGGGAUGGAUGGAUCUUAAAGUGUGAAGAGAUGCUGUGUGGUCAUCGUGUCCUCAUUUGGAUCUGGUCAACAGGGCAGCGUGUCAGAAUGUCCAUACAUGGUGCCCCUCUUUCUCUGUCUCUGUCUCUCUGCUCACUCUCUCCACCUCCGCUCCAGAGGGCCUAUCAUCUCCCCCUUCCUCACAUACUUUCUGCCACACUUACAGACAAAAGAGGAUGGGCUAAACCACAGUAAAGAUAGUUUUCAUUUACUGACAACUCUUCCAGUUAUCUAGUGUUCCUUGUUGCUCAAAUUUUUGUCUAGACUCUCCAAAGGACUUCCUGUUUUUUCUGCUGUUCCCUCUGUCAUCUCUUCCUACAAACACCUGCUUUAUUCAGCUACCUGCAUUUACAUACAAGGGAGCACCUCGUUGUUGCCUGCCACACCUUUUUCUGUUGGGAUUUUCAACGCUGGAGCACAGUGCUCCACUUUGUUCUCUAACAAUAAUAUGGUCGAGAAAAGAAAAGGUUGGGGGCCAACUUUUUUUAAUGUAACUUCUUUGGAUGAUUAAGUGAUUGGGUGACCGGUAUUUCCCACACUACGUUUUUGUUCCUUUUCUAUCACCCGGAGAUGUGAUGUGAGCUGGGACCUCGAUGAACAAGCAGCAGCAUGACUCCACAGAAGUAAAGAGUUGUUUUUUUUUUUACAUUUUUGAGGUCACAGCUAAAGCUGCUGUGUGUUUUCUUCUUUCUGGAGUGUAAGCAGCUUUGAAAGACUUCUCUCGGCGUCUUUAAAUGGACAAAUAUGUGAUGGUGGGAGAGUUUCUCUAUGGACUGCUUCUGUUUAGGACGUCACAUCCAUCACUGUGAAUGCUGCUGUGGUGGAAUAGUGUUGUCACAGUGCAAACACAUGCCCUCUCAGACUGUUUGCCUCUUUACCCACAGCAAAUAAUGCGCCGCUCCAGGAAGUUUGUGUGGACGUAAAGAAUAUGAAGAUGGAGAAAGGAUGCCUCACAAAUAACAGAUGGACUCUUUGUUGUUUCAGAUGAUGUUAGAUACGUUUCAACUACAUGCUCUCUUUACCUCCUGCUUGCUGAACAUCGCAACUGAGAGCAAAAAUACGGUCCUAGCUCUCUGACUCACCCGAACCCCUCAGUUUCUAUAGUGACGUAGUUCCCAUUGUAACUUCAGCGCCUGGACUGACAGCUUUUGGAAACCAUGCAGUACUUUGGAGGGAAACUGUCGGCUGCCCAGCUGCAGGUGGCAGGCUGGGUAGGAAGCAUGCGACGCUCCUUGCAAGGAGCUCUGGAGCUUGUGUGGGGUGCUGCUGGAGAGAAGCAGGAAGAGGAAGAGGAGGGCGAAGAAGAGGAGGAGGAAGAGGGUGGGGAUCCAGGAGGAGGAGGAAGGUUUCAGAGAGCCAUGUCGCCACUUCGUAGCUUUGCCCGACGUAGCAGGAGAUCCCUGCGUCGUUUUUCUGUCAGAAGUCGGCAGACUCUGCAGAGGAGGACCGCUGAGAGCUGCCCUGUAUGAACCGUAAAAGUCACCCAGCAGAUGUUGUUAAAUAAUCUUUUAAUCUUCUCAGUGCGAAGACACAAUCGGGUUUUACAUCUUUAACCUUGCAAAGUUUUAUGAGUUAAUGUUAUUUCACGCAGAAGCUUUUGUGGUCCAGGUUUUACAAAAAAGGACUCAAGAGUUUAGCAUCUCUUUGAAGUCCCCAAAAAGGCUCCUCAUUCCCAAAUACAGGUCCUCUUCACCAAAUAUUUCCACACUCAUCAUCACAUUACAAUGCAUAUGUUAAAAAAAAGGCUAGCAGCAGACAGUUUGUUGCAGGAAGGAUGCAGUUGUCUGAUAGAGUUUUCCAAAUGUGUGUGUGUGUCAGUGACAAAGUCGAGGACUAACAACGUGUGACACUGUUAGAUAAGCUUUGGCUGUUUUCUCUUCUUCCUGCCAUAUCUGUGUUUGUCUUUAGCUGCCACCAAAAACAGCCUGACAGUGCAGCUCUUACAGCAGUGUCUGGUAUCUUGGUUUGGUUUUUAGACAUAUUUUUCGAUGCAGUCUUUGAGAAGUGCACAUGCUAUAGUUUGUCUUGCUUUUCGAAGUGCUGGCUGUAGCUGCUUCAAUGUGUGUUUUGUAUACAAUAUGCAUGGGUUUUAGGAUAACAGGACAACAGCCUGCAGUAGGGCUGGGCGAUAAACAGAAAAUUUACGGAUACCGAAAUUUACGAUAAUAACCGACGUCAUUUUGCCCAUGUCAAUAUAUUUGGUGUCAAAAAAAUAAAAGUUGGUUUUGGAUGUGUGUAGGUAGGCUAUGUCUCUUUAAGAAGCUGUCCUAGGUCAGAGACGUGACUCCUCCCCAUCCAGUCUGUAACAAAAAGGGAAAGACAGGUGAGGAGAUGGAGGACGGUUCAAAAGUUGUAGCAGCUGAAGUAGAUGAAGUUAAUGUAGGAGGUGGUGAGCAGCUUGCGGAGUAGUUAUCGUCCAUUUAUCAUUAUCGAGGUGAACUGCUCAGUAUAUUGUGAUAUUGAUGUGAGGCCAUAUAACCAAGCCCUAACCUGCAGGCUACUCCCACAUCAAACUGGUGAUCUGUCGCUUCCUUUUACUCGAGGUGAUGUCCUGUUGAUACUCUUCUUCGGUUUUCGAUAAGACUGUGUUGUUUCUCUGGCAUUUCGAGGUGUCAUCCUCUUCACCACACAGUAAACAAGCUGUUACACAAUCCACUGACCAUGAAAGGUUUAGGAGGAUGGAGGUAAACUAUAAUAAAGCUGACUCUGUCUUGACUUGCAGAGCAGACUGCGCCUUCAUAGUCACACAUUCACAGGUAUACUAAUUACAUGGCAUUUGUUGUGUACAUCUCCUAAGUCUGUAGUCAGAUAUUUUAUACUAGCAGAAUUACUGCUAAAAGAUUUGUCUGUAUAUAGUUUAAUAGUGUUCAUAUGCCUCUGAUCUGAUUAAAUUAACAUUGAGAAAUGGCUUCAGACAAGUGUGACGAGAAAAGAGCAGUACAGAGUGAAGGAACAUGGGUAAUUAUCAAUGUUCCUGUGUAGCUUUAUGGGACAUUUCAGCAUUUUUUAGCUCACUGUUGUUGUUUCACCGCUGUUGAAUUGUAUUUUUUUGGUUUAUUUCAAACAAGGAACUCCAAAUUAAAAAUACCCCAGAAUGUCAGCUGAUUAAUUGUAAUUUGAUUUAAUAAGAAUCAGCUGAUGGCUGCUCACACAAAGUUGAAUAACAGAGAUAAAUCGUGUCUGCAGAUAUUUCAGGCAGCCUCAUCAGUGUGGCAGCUGUAGAGCAAUGAACGAUACGUGUUUCUUCAUCCUAAAAGACUCCAUACCUUAAACAGUUACUGGUUGAUGUUUUACAUUAUGUUAUGAUACACUAAAUAAUGCAGUUUAGCAUUGCUUCUGGCCUAAAUAUCAGUCAUGUUCAAAAAUCUACAAUCUAACUUAAUUUAAAUUUCAUGAAUUAAUUCAAACUCCACCUAAAACAUGUUUCCAGAUACUUAAUCCAAAGCAACUUUAAAAAAAAAAAACAUAACUACAGUGUAAAAUCGGCAGUAUGUAUCAGGCAUCAUCACCCAUCCUGCUCUCUCUUAUUAUUGGCAGUGUGGUUGGCUGUUAUAUCAUUCAACCUUUACUUCAUGAAUGUUAAUGUUACUGCUAAUGUGCGACCCGUCUGUUAAGGCUACUGUUUGCAUAUCAGUGCAUAUUAUCUGCAUCUUGCAUAUUAUCUCACUUCACACUUUUAAAACCCAUGAAAACCUUUGCACCCGUGGACUGAUGCCAAAGAGGAAGUUUUGAGAAAAUUGACUAACUUUGUUCUUGGAAAUCAUGUGAAGAUUUUAGAGUCAUAUGAUAUACUUGAAUUACAUAAUGUUAACUACUGGUACAUCAUAAAACCAAGUUCAGUGCAGUGGCUUCCUCUGUAAUAAAAGAGGGACGGAUUGAAGGUAAAUGCAUGUUUUUGGAAUGCAUCAUCCGAGGAGGGUGUCUCUGUCGGAGUAAACACAGUCUGCUCUCAGCAGCUCAACACAGGGGUUUGUGGUUGUUGGAAAAUCACCAGAAGAUUUGACAUCCAUACUAUGGUGUUGCCGGAUAAAACCGCUCAGAGUUGUGAUUGAUUUACAGACUUAUGAAAAAGGUGAAACAAAAUCCUUCAGGGGACAGACAGGGGUGUUUACACAAGUGUUGUUUUGUUUCCAGGUGACUAUCAGACACAACACUGGGAUGUGCCCCUUGACGAAACUCGAAGUGAGCUCAAAGGAAUGUAUGUGAGGAAGUGCACUAUAGCUGCUUUUGUUUGGGAUGUGUGUAUUUGCGCACGCACAAAUGCAUUCCAGCAUGUGGGCGUGGCUGCAUGAGUGCGUUCGAUGCGUCCGUGUGUAGGCACAUAGGUGUGUAUGCCAGUGUGUCGGUGUGUGUGCGUGCAUAGUGGCGCUCAUGGUGUUUAUUGAGGACAGCCCAGCCUCUGUGACCAUCUCAUUAAAAGAUGCACGCUCGGCUGGUCCUCAGUCCUCUCGCCCUCUGUAGUUAGUGAUCUUGGCUCAGCACACAGUCCACUGUCACCCUGAUUCAGCUCCAAAAUGUGACAUUCUGGCGUGCAAAUUUUCAGACUGAAAUGCGUUCACACCGUUUGAUUUGAUGUGACAGAUCAUUAGAUAUGCAGAUAGACAGAGGGCAGUUAUGUAAAGUGUGUCGAAGUGUUUUAUGUUGAUGCGUGUUGAGUUAGGCGUUUUCUUUCUCAUUUCCCAAUUAAACUUGACGUCUGUUUUCUGUUUCGAAGGCACAGACGAACACUUACAGCACAACAGAUGAAGACAAAGACACUGAUGCUUUGAUAGACAAUGAGACCAGCCAGCAGGAUGAGUCGUGUGAGCAGCUGACUGAAACUGAAAGGUAGGAAAGAAGUUGCUCUUCAACACCAAACAAUACCCACACAAUGUGAUUUCUUUUUGUUUUCACUCAACCUGAAACAGAAGAGAAAGAUGGGAUCAGUUUCAAGUGUCAUUUCUGUGCAAAAGAUCAGGCCCUCUAGCUAUCUGACAAGUGUGGAACGAAGUAGCCUGAAGGUGCAGUUGAGAGAGCUUGUAUCUCAGAAAGAUCAGUAUAACCCAACACAACUAUGAAACCAGAAUGACUUUUUUUUUCCUCGCACAGGUCAGAAUAACACUCUAAAAAACUAUGAAUGCAUUUAUAUAGUUUGCAGCUCUUUGAACAGAAAUCCUGUGGCAGCAUAGUCGAGAGAAGUGACAGCCGAAACAUGAUAUCAAGUGCUUAUAAGUGUUUCUAAUGCUGAGCUCCCUGUGCCCCCUUGUGGUUAAUAAAGCACAACACAAAGAGCCAAGCUUUGUGAAAUGGGGUUAAAUAAAUAAAUAGACUCCUUACACACCUUACCAAAAAGCGUCUAAACAACCCUGUUUGUCCUCUUAUUCCAAUAUUUCCUCAUACAGUGUUUAACUUGAAUUUUCCAACUCUUCAGUCCACAGCCUGUACCUGAAGAAGAGCCUGAAGUCUCCCCUGAAGCUGCUGUUACCACAGAUUUUCACGAAGAAGAGAAGCCUGCUCCGUUCCCUGAGGUAAGAGGUUCUCCGAUGUCUGCAGGUGUGCUCAAACUCAGCGCAGUUCCCGCUCAUUCAGGGUCUGGAGCCUGAGCAUGACAACCUACUUCAUAAAAAGCCACAUGCUUUUUUGCUUUUUGACGAACUGUACCUUUUGGGUUAAACGUUCCAGAGUAUGGUGCACAUUGCCCAGUGUGAGGGCUGUCAUUUGUUUGCUGUAAUGGUUCGUGUAAUUUAGAAACUUACCCCGGUUACUCAAGAGUAUGUUAACCAAACUGUGUGUAUCCUUGUCCAGAGCUCCGCCCCGCUCCUCGACACCAGCCUGCAGAGAUCGAAGGCAGAUCUGAGCAAGAGGAGGAUCCGAUCACGUCCAUCACGAGUGUUUCGUGCAGGUCUAUCCUCUGCAGAGAACCCAGACUGGAGGACCCUUGACUCAACAGGUCAUUGAAUUAAUCAUAAUGUGGUCUUAUUUUGUUCAAACAUAGGGCCUAGAUUUUUGUUUUUUAGAACAAUGAUCUAAAAUACUCCUGAAAGCUUCUCACUGAUCUGGUUGACUUCACGUUUUUUUUACUUAGAUGACAAAGAGGCGAAACAGCAGGAUUCAGAGGAGGAGGAGGAGCCCAAACCGAAGAAAAUUAGUUCUUCAUCUCCCUCCUCUCAAAGAGUCCCUAUGUUCCCUGGUUUAAGCCCUUCAGCUCUAUUAGUAAGUCCUGUCUUUAUCAGUAAUAUACUCUAAAUCAUGCUACAACAGGUGGCAUUUAAAUUAAUGCAAGUGUGCUCUACUUUUACCAAAGGCUCAGUUAAAAAGGAGAACAGGAGGAGGAAGUGGAGGAGGAGAAGAAACAGAGGAAGACAGGGGAAGACAAGAGAUCGAGAGCCAAAAAGAGGAAGAGGCAGCACCUUCUCCCUCACUGCUGUCCCGCUCUCCUCGCACUGCUUCCCAACUUGCGGGGGCUGCUCGGGUGCUGCCACCCUUAGACGGCGGCGCGGACAAAAGGUAAGAAAAGAGCAUGACAGAGCACAUCAGACCAUUGUUAAGUAUUUGACAUGCGUUUUGAACAUGACAUUUCUCUGAACUGUGAUAUUUCGUGUCGUUCAGUGCCGUCGCCUCUCCUGCCUGGCUGAAAGAACUCAAGUCUAAGAAGCGUCUGAGUCAGCAUGACGGGGAGGCAUAGUCCGUGACAGGUGACUGAUGUGUAGGAUUUUUUUUGCUUCUGGCAUAUUCAGUACAAAAAUGAUAAUAACCUCUUGCUGUACUGGUAUUACUGCUCCAGAAAAGGAUAGAAAUUAAGGUAACAGUGAUCAUCAGGGAUCCAUCAACUUUUCAUUAUGUUCAGGUUUACAACACUUUGAACUACAUCAUGUUUUAAGAUUGUUCAAUUUUUUUAAACAUAUUUUCUAUUAAAAAGAGAAUAAUUAAUCUAGUCUUAUUAAAAAAGAACUUCAGAGCUUUAUAAAACUUCAAUUUCAUUGUGAUUUAAGCAGUGUUAUGAGACCUAAGAGGAUUUGACUUAGAGAAGCACUAAGUUUUGACAUUUGGCUUACGGCCUAAACCACUGUCAGAGUAGCAGGAGUGUCUCAGGGACUGGUUUGUCUGUGAGUCAAAAUGCAUGAAACGUGAAAACAUUAAAGAUGAUGGAAAGAGAUUGGUUUAAAUUUUCCACCAGUACUGUCAGGAAUACAUUUAAGUAGACAGUGACUAAACUGACAGCAAAGACUAGAAAUAGAAAGUGGGCAACAUCUCUGAAAACACUUUUUUAUCAUAAGAAAGGCUGAAAAGGACAGUCUCAUUUUACCUGGAUUUAUCUGGUUUUAUUGAUACUUUUACACCUCCUCUCCUGUGACUCCAGUUUUGCUCUUGAAGACGUGUCUGUUAUAGUGUUAAGGGUUUAAUUGCCAUCUGAACUAUUUUGGCUGUAGGUGGAUGUAGUCAUGGUCAUGUAGGGUUCGCAUUAAAUUACUCAGGUGAAACAUACAAUAUUCCAGAAAGGCAUUGCUCUGUAGUUCCUGUUUUGGAAGCAGCUUCCUGAAUAUGUCUGUUUCUUUUCUUCUAGGAGACCCUAUCUUGGCUGCUGCUGACAGAAGCCUCGUCAUGAGUGCUGCAUUUUGCACUUGUAGUGCCUUAUGUUGGGAAUCCUUGAAUCCUAAGAUAUCCAGGAGGGAAAUCAGACUUUUGCUGAAAAUAGAGGCCAUCAAGAACUUUCUCCUCUUGCUGAUGUUAGAAGUCAGCAUUGCUGUGUGCCAAGACUGAGAUGUGUUUUAUUUUCAGUCUUACAGAUGCCCAAUGUAAAGUCCUUAUGUAAUUCAGAGCAAAGCCAUGAACUGUCUUACUGUUUGAAUGUACAAACCCAUCAAAUACAGACAGGGACUAAUGACACUAGGCCUACUGCAAUACUAACAUCACACAGAAAAACAAAUGUACAUAUUUUACUAAAUAUGAAUAAUGCAUUGCACCUUUUGUGUACUUACUUGUAAUUGUAUAAAAUGUUUUAAAAAUGAUCUUUUCUUAUCACAGAACAUCCCAAGUGUAAAACUUGAAGCACUUUAAGAAACUUCUAAAAGAACGACCGUCCAUACUGUACCUCUAACUAACAGAAUCAAGUGCCUAACUGUAAUAACAGAAUCAAGGGAGUUUUUCUUCUUUUAAACAUCUGAUAUAAGUCUUAUUCUCAAGCAAAGAUCUGCAAAACCUCAUGAUGCACCCCCUGGUUUAUGAAAACACACAAUGGUGUCAGAGGGAGACAUUUUGGGCGUGCUAUCACACAUGCAGGAAGUGUGUUUUGAAAGAAAGUCAAUCCAGCAAUGUUUGAAUCCACUUUGACUCUUUUAUGUGCCUUUUUUAUGUUAAAGAAUGCCAUAUCAACAAUGCUGUAAUCAUUUAUAAUCAACAUACUGUAUGAUAAGAGGAAAUUGAGGGAAUUUUAUUAAACUUUUUUCUAUGAAAUGCAAA